AUAAUUUAUUUACAUCUUCUGAAUAUAAGGAUAAUAUUUUAGCAAUUAAACCAUUAAACGUUAAUAAUUUACAAAUGUUGAAAUUAAAAAAAGUAUCAGAAACUCCAGCUCAAAAAAUAUAUCGUUAUACACAAUCUGGUGAUCACCUCAUUCAAAAAUAUUUUGGAUAUUCUCAACAAAUGCAACAUGCAACCCAAAUAAUUAUUCACAAAGAUGAUGUACAAAGUGGUGUACCUUUACCUUUGACAAAUUUUGUCAAUGCACAA